AUGGUGGCAGAAACUUUACUCGAAGCUGUGGCGCGCAACUGGCCAGUCGUUCUAGUAGUUGUGCUGGCCUCGUAUCUGAUUAAGAACCGAUUUACGCGGGGUCUCAACAGGUACCCAGGACCAUUUCUAGCAUCAAUCACAGACUGGUGGAGAUUUUGGAUUGUCUACAAGAGAAGACCUGAAGUUGAGCAUAUCAAGUUACAUGCCAAACUCGGGGAUGUCGUUCGACUAGGACCCAAUGAUCUCUCUUUUGCAAACCCGCAAGCUUUGAAGGAUAUCUAUGGACUCAACAAGGGAUUCAUUAAGUCAGAGUUCUACCCCGUGCAACAAUCAGUAGCAAAUGGACACCGUCUGCCCUCCCUCUUCAGCUCAACAUCUGAGCCGUUUCAUGCACAGCUUCGCCGAAGCGUCAACAGUGCUUUUUCCAUGUCAACACUGAUCCAGUAUGAACCUUUCGUCGAUUCCACCACUGAGCUCUUCCUCUCCCAAACAGACAAGCUCUAUGCCGAAACUGGGGAAGCAUGUGAUUUCUCAAGGUGGCUGCAAUUCUACGCAUUUGAUGUCAUUGGCGAAAUGACAUAUAGUAAACGCCAUGGUUUUCUUGAAGAAAACAAAGACAUUGAUGGAAUUAUAAAAUAUCUCGGUGGUCUAUUCGACUACGUUGCACCAAUCGGCCAAAUACCCUUCCUCGAUUUGCUCUUACUCAAGAACCCGCUCUACCUUCUCGCCGCAAAAUACGGCCUGAUAGAUGCCACCUUCCCCGUGGCCCGCUUCGCGCAACAGCGCAUGGCGGAACGCUACCCAACCACUAAGGACCCGUCAAUUCUCCCCACCACUACAUCUCCUGCCCAGCAAUCACAACCAGACCUCCUCUCCAAAUUCGUGCAAGCAAAAGACUCGCGCCCAGAAUUCAUGACCGACUCGCUCGUCACGACCAUGGCCGUCAGCAUGGCCUUCGCCGGCUCCGAAACGACCGCCAUAAGCCUAAGCUCCGUCUUCUACUUCCUCCUGCGUCACCCCGCCUGUCUUGCACGUCUCUACGAGGAGUUGGAUGGCAGGGCUACGGAGGGCUAUUUUAGGGACUGCGAAAUGGGUGUUGUGACCUGGAGCGAGAGUCAGGGAUUACCGUAUCUUGAUGCGUGUAUCAAGGAAUCCUUCCGCUUGCACCCAGCGCCCGGCCUCCCUCUCGAACGCAUCGUCCCGCCGCAAGGCGCGCACAUCGCAGGGCACUUCGUGCGCGGAGGUACCGUUGUCGGCGUUAAUGCCUGGGUUGUGCAUCGCAGGACUGAGAUCUUCGGGGACGAUGUCGAGGUGUUUAGACCCGAGAGGUGGUUGGUGGAUCAGGGCAAGGAUAAAGCAGAAGAGGAAAGCAGGAUUAAGGAGAUGGGCGCUACGAUGUUGCAUUUCGGCAUGGGGGCUAGGACGUGUAUCGGGAAGAACAUCUCGCUACUAGAGGUUUAUAAACUUGUGCCUACUGUUUUACGGCGCUUUGAGGUUCGUCUUGAGGAUCCGGAUAAGGAGUGGACAGUUCAUAAUGCUUGGUUUGUAAGGCAGCUGAACUUCCGUACUACGUUCCGCCGCAGGGAAAUCACACAGCCGAUAUCGUGA